UCAUUUUUCUAUGAUAGUGUUGGUGCAGAGCUUUGAGUUAUACAAGUAUAUAUUGGAGAACAACGUCUACCCUAGGGAACCAUCGCCUCUAAAGGAGAUUCGGGAUGUUACUACAAAUCAUCCAACGUAUUUCAUGAGUACUGCACCAGAUACAGCUCAAUUAAUGGGGAUGCUCCUCAAGCUACUUAAUGCAAAGAAGGCCAUUGAAAUUGGUGUUUACACUGGCUACUCUCUUCUCCUCACUGCUCUUUCAAUCCCUCGUGAUGCCAUGAUUAUAGGCAUAGAUCCAGACAGGGAAGCAUAUGAGAUAGGUCUGCCUAUUUUCCAAAAGGCUGGCGUGGAACACAAAAUCAAUUUCAUUGAAUCCAAAGCUUUACCGGUUCUGGACAAGCUUCUUCAAAAUCAGAAAGAGAACGAAGGGAGUUUUGAUUUUGCAUUUAUUGAUGCGGAUAAGGAUAAUUACCUGAAUUACCACGGGAGGCUUUUGAAGCUGGUCAAAGUUGACGGACUCAUCGUCUUCGACAACACGCUUUGGGGAGGCACCGUGGUUCAACCCGAAGAGGAUGUUCCCGGAAAGAGGAAGGAAUCAUGGACGUCGUUUAUCGUGUUUAACAAGUCGAUUUCGAGGGAUCAACAUGAACAAAAUAUCAGAUUUUGA